AUGGACUCUCUUCCGUGGAUUACCUAUGACACCUCUUGUAAGGGGAACACUUUGACAUAUCACGAACCAUGUCAGCAUAUCAUCAAGAAUGUCAAGGGAGACGCCAAACCAUCCUACAUCACAUUUUUAGGAAAAAGAUCGAAAGCGAUUCUCCUAGGUCAUAUACUAGGUAAGAAUGCAGAUGUACCUGUCCAUAAACAAAUAUAUCUUUGGUGUUCGCCACGGCUGCGAGGCGGCAACACACCAAUCGUUGUCAUCGACUGUAACGUCCAAAACACGAACUCACCGGACCCCAACCCCAUCCGCCAAACAAGAAAUACGACAGUCUUGACAGUUCCCGACACUACAAACAUCAGCGCAACGUUAUGUGGGAGCAUUUUCUCGUUGUUUUCGAGUGUGAUCUGCUGUUUUGUUGACGACAUUGGUGGGCCUGCAGCUGUCGCUGAUUGGCUCGCUGAGCAGCUUGUCGCGAUGCCGGCAUCUGACUUGCGCACAGUACCCCACAUUUUGUUGGUCAUGGAAACAUCGUCGGACUCGUUUGAUGAGAGCAUUGCUGCUAACAAAGCUACAACCCUUGUAAUGGAUGCUUUGGGAGGUAAGAUAGGCUAUCUGAAUGCGAAACUUGCCACAAAGCCGCCUCUUGGUGAGAUCAACGUCCUAGGGUUACAGUCUUCAAAAUCUACGGCUACUCGCGCGCGAGCAUUAAAGCGACGUUUGUUGGCACUAUCGCGAAUUGCGAUGCUCGAGCGAGCCAACUCUCAUGUCCAGUUUAGCUUCUCACACUUUCGCAAUCUAACCCCUAAAAUUUUGCGCUGGCUUUGUGGCGAUGCUCCAAAGCCGUUCAGUCUCGUCGACGCGACUAGGCCCGAUGGAUUCUCUUGUAAUCUUUUGCAGUAUUGCAUAGAGGAUUUUCUAAAGCAAAUGCCCUCUCAAGCCUGGCUUUGGCAUUUUGCAGCACCACUGAUAGCAUCCGCUCUGCUGCUCGCUAGCUAUCCCCCACGUGCACAUGACUAUCUUUUCGAGAAUAUCUAUUCUACACCCUGCCGUACCGCGAUAUCUUCGUAUAGUCCUUUCGCAGAUAUCCAGAAGAAGUUUGUGACUGCCAUACUUACCGAAUUCCGUACAAUGUUCGCCGACUAUGAAGUCAAUGACUUACCUUCUCGCGAGUGUCAUCGAAAAACGCUUGCAUCCCAUCAUGCUAAUCUAGCUGAGUUCAGAAGCCAUCGAUCAUGCUUCAGCUGCUUCAUGCGAAUGCCUGAGAAAGUCUUGCCAUGCGGACACGCUCUCUGCGAUCCGUGUAUUAGGGCUUUGGGUAUACGCUCGCGUUUCGAGAAAAAUACAUACGAUGUUCCUGAGUGCAUUCUAUGCGGUGUUAAUUACCGUAACUCAACAUUUCGCUUCAUACCUCCCACUGCAGGAAUACGGAUACUUAGUGUAGAUGGUGGAGGUGUACGGGGUGUCAUUCCCUUGGCUUUUCUUAAGCAUAUUGAUUCGCUACUUGCUCCAUUUUGUUGCUCCGUCAAAGAUCAUUUUGAUUUUGUUUGCGGUACAUCAGCAGGUGGACUUGUAGUGAUUGGCAUGUUUCUGCUACAAUGGAGCGCGUCUGAAUCGUUGGAAAGAUUUGAAGAUGUAGCAAGUAAGACCUUUGGAAGACGAAAAGCACUAGUCACGAGAGCUCUCCAAUUAAUCGUGGGCUACGUCCAAGAUGGUCAGUACAGUUUAGCAGCGAUACAAGAUGCUUUCAGGAAAGCUUUCAACUCCCCGCUGCAGAUGUUCAAUCCACUCAAAAACGAUACCAAGGUUGCUGUCACGACUACGACAGUCAAAGAUUCUUUGCCUUGGCUCUUCACAAACUACAAUGGCGGGAAAAGAUCUAAUAACAUAGGAUAUGAUGUUAUACGAGCCGAUCGGGCCGACAGUGAUGUUACUGUGAGCGAGGCUGCAUGCUGUACCUCUGCGGCGCCUUGGUUCUUCAAACCUCAGGUUGUAGGAUCAUUAGGAGCGUUUCAAGAUGGUGGAUUACAACAUAAUAAUCCAGCUAGCAUUGCGCAAUGGGAGAUGCAGUUCUUAUGGCCGAAUAAACCCCAACCAGACUUCGCGCUCUCGCUAGGAACGGGAACUUCAUCACCCACUGUGGCCAGUAAAUCACCAACAAUAUCACGCUUUUAUAUACGGUUGUUUAAAAGCUUCAUGCGCAACCUUGACGGCGAAGACGCAUGGAAACGUUUUUUGAAUUCGAUAUCACCAGAUGUACGACAGCGCUUUCAUCGUCUUAACAUCAGACUGGCUGGCCCUGAACCUAGUCUUGAUGACAUAGUCGUGAUACCAGAACUCAAAAGCAAGGUAGUGCAAGCUAUUGCCGAAGAGUCACCACGACUAUCUAGUAUAUUUGACUCUAUGAUGGCAUCCAUGUUCUAUUUUGAGUUGGACGGCCUGCCAACGCUCGGAAAUGCCGGUUAUGACUGUAGCGGAUUCAUAUUCUGUCGCCUAGAUAUUCCCCCAGACGGCUUGCGCUACUUGUAUGACCGCUUACUUAGUACCAACUCGUGGUUCUUAAUCCAAGGUACUCCAGUGAGUUGUGUCCAGAGCGGGUGCGUACCUCAAGGCCUACCACCUUUUCGGCGCCAUAUUAGUUUCCGAGUAGAGACUCUAGAAGAGAUGUUAACGAUCUCGAUCCGUGGUAUAACGUCCAAGUCUUUACUCUUGAGUGGUUUUCCUACUACAAUCCAGAAACUUAUUGUCGCUCAGCAACUUGAUAGCCCUUAUGGAACUGUCGAUCAUGCCGUCAAUGCAAAACGGCUUCCUGUUAUUCCGCGGAAGCGAUCUGCAAAUAACCCACAGUGGGUCACUCGUGGUAUGAAGAGGGCUUGUAUCUAG